AUGACCUCGCUUCUAACAAAUACUGUGCCCUGGAACCAGGGCGAGGAGAAGUUACACCACAGGCUUCGAGUCCCUCACUGCGACAACCAGACAGCCCUAUACCUGAGCCCGAGAGCCGCAUCCCUUGGGUACAUUAGAUUUUCGAAGGCCGGCCAUGGUCAACGAUAUGGGGCGGCACAGCGGGCUUUGCAACGCCAGUUGCCGAAUCCCUAG